AUGUUUAUCGCACGGUCCGAGUAUGCUACAUACAGCACCUUCUCGCCAGAAGGCCGUCUUUUCCAAGUAGAGUACUCUCUCGAAGCUAUAAAACUAGGUUCUACUGCCAUCGGAGUUGCUACUUCUGAGGGUGUCGUUCUGGGUGUUGAAAAGCGAGUCACCUCCACUCUGUUGGAGACCUCGUCGGUUGAGAAGAUCGUUGAGAUAGACCAACACAUAGGAUGUGCGAUGUCCGGCCUGCAAGCUGAUGCUAGGUCAAUGGUUGAACACGCACGAGUGGAGACACAAAACCAUCGAUUCCAUUAUUCAGAGCCGCUAAGAGUCGAGAGCUGUACUCAGGCAAUAUGUGACCUUGCCCUUCGGUUUGGAGAGGGUGCUGAUGGCGAAGAGAGUAUAAUGAGCAGGCCAUUCGGAGUGGCUUUGUUGAUUGCUGGAUACGACGAGGAUGGCCCGCAGUUGUACCAUGCUGAGCCAUCUGGCACGUUCUACCGUUAUGAUGCAAAGGCUAUAGGAUCCGGAAGUGAGGGGGCACAAGCCGAACUACAAAACGAAUAUCAUCGCUCGUUGACACUAGCUGAGGCCGAGACUCUGGUUCUCAAGACGCUGAAACAGGUCAUGGAAGAGAAGCUCGACGAGAAGAACGUUCAACUUGCUAGCGUCACAAAAGAGAAAGGCUUCCAGAUCUAUAGCGAUGAGGACAUGGGGCGAGUUGUAUCUACCUUGGGGAGUAAUUAG